AACGACCGGGCCUUGGUGCAAAGAUUGUAAACGCUGAUGGAAGCCUAGAGAACCAAUCACGGCGAUCAGGAGGCAGGAACAAUGGAGGUUAAAGGUCGGCCGGAAGUUCCCUAAGUUUCCGGUGGCAUAGAGGGAGCUAUGGCUAAACAUCACCCGGACUUGAUCUUUUGCCGCAAGCAGGCUGGUGUUGCCAUUGGAAGACUGUGUGAAAAAUGUGAUGGCAAGUGUGUGAUCUGUGACUCCUAUGUGCGUCCCUGCACCCUGGUGCGCAUAUGUGAUGAAUGUAACUACGGCUCUUACCAGGGACGCUGUGUGAUCUGUGGAGGUCCCGGGGUUUCGGAUGCCUAUUAUUGUAAGGAGUGCACCAUCCAGGAGAAAGAUAGAGAUGGUUGCCCAAAGAUUGUCAAUUUGGGGAGCUCUAAGACAGAUCUCUUUUAUGAACGCAAAAAAUAUGGCUUCAAGAAGAGGUGAUUGGUGGGCUGCCUCUUCCUCCCCCCGUCAAGCUGCUGCAGCUGCCAAGAGAAAUGCCUACAGAAAGGAAAUGGAGCACACAGCAUCACCUGAAUUGCCUAUUAGUACACUGGCACCUUUCCACCCUUUCCUCUCCUCUCACGCAGCCAUGGUAGGAAUGGAAAAAAAGGAUUCUUCGCAGAGCACUCUGGCAGACUGUACCACAGACAAAUUAAUAGAUUGAUUCAUGGCAUUCCUUAAAUUCAAGAAGCAAGUCUGUGUUAAUCCACAUCAAGAAGUUCUGUACACCAAAAGCUUCUAAAACAGGAAUGGUAUAUCAUUUCAGUCUUCUGUUUGAGGAGCUGGCUGUGAGGCUGGCUGCAGUGAGAAGCAUGGCCUUGCAGCAGCUCUGAUGGCAGCUGUCCUUGAUGAAACAUCUGCAGUGCGGUGGGGGCUCUCAGAACAGUCAGUGUGGGCAUUUCAUCUUGUAACACCCACCAGGUGGUGCUGCUUCAUGUAAUUUUUCUUCUAAAAAUUGGAAACCCUUUCUGUUGCUAUUGUAUUCAUAAAGUAGGUGUUUAUUUUCUGGU